UGGAUAUGAUUGACCGCCGGCGAUCGUAUGCCCUUGUGCCCAACAAUAAAGCCUUAGAUGAUGACACCCCUAUCGACAGUCGGGUUCACAAGACGUUCCUAUUCCCCGUCCGUCCAAAACGCCGAGUCCAAUGCUUGAUUGCUGUCACCGCCUUGGUGUUCCUCACCAUUCUAGCCCAUCAAACCACCAUUUGGAAGGAUUUCUCAACAAGUGAGCCUUUUGAACCUCUCGACGCUACUUAUUUGGACCACUUGGCUGCCCCUCUCACCGGCAAACGAGUCAGCAACAGCAAGAAUGAAACAACUUUCAUUGUUGGUAACCAUCACGAAGUCUCGGGUAAUUACCCAAAGAACUACCAAUGGAUCGACCCGUACUCCAGACAACCGUUCGCAGAGGUCAUGUAUAAGAAUGGCAUGAAUAACAACGCGAUGGGAAGGAUGCCGAAAGGCAGCCAAUACGAUGUAUUGGUCGUAGCAAGAGGACGGAAUGACCAGUACAUGGACCCAACUGAGGGCAUCAAAUAUGUCAACCUCACCAUUGUUGGCUUCUUUGCCAAUUUCGAUGCGACAACAGGGCAGUGGCGGCGAGCAGGACCGGAGCCGUAUGUUCUCGACCUCCCUGUCUGGAGACAGUUUCCUCGCCCUUGUUCGAACCUCGUCAAUGGCGGCGCCGCAGACCCGCGAUUCAUUUGGUCCGACGCAGGCGAGCCCCUCGCAGUAAUCGGGACGAGCUCGAGAGUUCCGGGUGUGUGCAAGGCCGUCGGGCUGGUCGAUCUGCGCGCUGCCUGGCCCGACCUGAAAGAACACCUCGAGGAGAUUGGCUACGGCGACAUUCCGAUUCGAUUCGACACAUUUACCGAGAUUGGCAAGGCGGGUAAGAAGGAGCGCUAUGAGAAGAAUUGGGCGCCGUUCUUUCCUGGUCCCAAGCCUUCCACACCAGACCUAUUGACGUUCUCGCGGUUCCUCAGUUCACGGCAGAAACAUCUUGCACCGUCGACAUGGCCUUACUUCGCCUCUCAGAUUGCGAAACGAUCUAUUCUCAAAGUUGACAGCACUCUUGACACGAGCGAGAGAUCGCCAGAUUCCUACGUCUUAGCCAAAGAAAUCGACCUCUCUGUACAAGAUAGUAGCAAGCCCUCGGUUGCAGAUUCGGCCUGUCUGAUCGAUUCGCUUCCGCAUUCAUGGAAACCAAAUGCCCUCCAUCAGGCAACACCAUUCUACCGCGUGACAUUCUGUCCGCGCGGGACAUGUCUUCCAAGUCAGCGAAAUACAGUCCUUCUGGGUCUUAUUCACUACAAGAUGGGACGCAGAAGUUAUCGCCGAAUGUUUGUCACAAUGAGCACCGUUGCACCUUUCAAGAUUUUAUCUGUGUCGCCCCCACUCCACUUUGGUUCUGUCGAAAUCGACAAAAACGUCGUCUUUUCCGUCUCUAUGGCCUUUAUGCCCACCAAGAGUAUGGAGGAGAUAGGAGAAGGGGAGUCCCCUUUCAGAGAAUCGCAGGACUCCCCGGGUGGAUAUCUUAGCCACGGAUGGCUGGACGAUACGCUUGUUGUUGGUGCGGGACUCCGUGAUGAAGCGUAUGAUAGCAUUCACUUGAAUGUUACUACUGCGCUCCGUGGCCACACGUUAUGCGUGGAUAGAACGUGAGAGGCACGGGAAUAAUGAUUGUAUAUUACAGGCGAGGAGUCAAAGGCUUGCUUGGGUGCCGGACGAAACCUGGCCCUGUUUAAUG